UCGUCAUCAUCUUCUUCGAUAGUCCCGCGCCCUCCUGCGAAAUUCAAAUUCUCUCCAUUGCCCUCUCUCUCUCUCUUCCAUGGAGAAUCACUUUCUUAUCUCCGACGAGGAAGAUCCGGCCACUCCACUCCCAUCUCUCUCUAAACGGGCCCGAAAAGAUCCAAUCUCUGCGAUUAUGAUAUCAGAUUCUGAUCCGACACCGUAUAAGCAGCCGUCAGAAUCUUCUUCCACUCCUUUGAUUGUCCCAGAUACACCUCUCUCUGAUGAUUUCUCUGUCGUCAAGUGUUCCUUUGGUUCUGGAGCAUUAGCUUCAUACCGCGAUGACAAAUUCUCCGGUAAACGAGUGAUAUCUCUGGAUUCAGAGUUUGAGGAUAGUCCUCGACCUGAAACUUCGAAGAAGUGUGAACCUGUGCUACCUCGAGGGUUGGAAUCUGGAUAUAGUGAUGCAGGUUGUAGUGAGGCUAAUUAUGAGUAUGGUAGAAUACCUGAGAGGAUAGCCGGUAAUACUAAUUGUAUGCAUGAAGUCAGUGUUCCCUCUUGGCUGACCAAUGAUACUAUCGAGGUAAACGCUGACCAAGAAAAAGAAAAUAUAAGCACCGAGAACAUGGGUAGAAAAAAGCAGAUCAGAAAUUAUAAAACUACAACUCUUCAACGUAGAGAAUUGCCAAAAAAACAGUUUUCCAAAGAAGAAAAAAUCUGCGCAAUGGAGGAGAAGAAGUUGAGAAAAGAGCAAGAUAAAUUACAUAAAGCAGCCGAAGUUGAGCGUAGAAAGCUAGAAAAGGAAAAGCAACAAUGGGAAAAGGGAAAAUUAGCCUUGAAACAUAUCGUUGCUGAGAUUGACACUAAAAUCGUUGAAGGAUCCAUUGGAGGUGUUCUACUUUCAAGGUUCUCUGAGAAAGGCAUUGCAUUCCGUGUAGCCCCUAAUCCAAUUGAUAGAUCCAUUGUGUGGACUAUGACAAUUCCAGAGAAUAUUGCUUUGGCUUUCCCAGGAGGGCUCACGAUUCGUUAUGUGUUACUAGUGUAUGAGGCUGAAGAAUUUUGUAACCUUGUUGCUUAUGAAAAGUUUCUAGAAAACAUCUCAAGAGUUCAAGACCGAUAUACAUCUUGUACGGUGUGCUGCCUCACCAAUAAGUUACUGUCCUAUGUAAAGAAAAGGGAAAAGGAAGAGUACAAGAACCCGGGUGGUUGGAUACAGCCUCCCAUUGAUGAGGUACUUGCAAAAUUAACUACUCACUAUGUUAAAGUACAUUCGAGACACUGUGUAGACGAGGCUGAGGUCACUGAACAUGUUGUUGGUUUAACAAUCAGUCUGGCUUCUUGUCACUUCAGGAAGAAACUAACUAUGUUAUCAGUAAAUGCUAAUGGUGCAUUAGUCACCAAGGAUUCAGUUGACAAACACAUGAUUAAAAAGAGUCCAUGGUUAAAAGCGUUAGUGGCAAUACCAAAGGUGCAACCAAGAUACGCUGUCGCAGUGUGGAAGAAAUAUCCAUCUAUGAAGUCUCUUCUUAAGGUUUAUAUGGACCCUAACAUAUCGAUUCAUGAGAAGGAGUUUCUAUUGAAAGACUUGAAAGUGGAAGGCUUACUAGGAGGAGAUAUAAGGUUAGGUGAGGUUUGUUCGAAGCGGAUAUACAGAGUUCUUAUGUCUCCAAGUGGAAUCAUUAAGACUGAUGAUGUUGAAAACGGUGCUGCUUUUUUCACACAUUAG